AUGGUCGAAGUUCAAGAGGUACCUGAAGGUCACGAAUUUUCUGACAAUUCAGAUAACGAGUCAACUAGUUCUUUGGAUUCGGGUUCUUCUGAAGAACUGGAAUCUCUUUCAGAACGAUUAGCAGCUUUACGUGAUAUUAUACCAGAAGAGACGCGUGACUCAAUAACAAAUAAUGUUUCAUCAAUAAUGAGAUUUGGCGUGAGAAGUGCUCGCUUUUUAGGAAAUGUAUUUUGGGUUUUGACCACUUCUGCCAUAAUUUUGAUUAUGCCUUUAGCGCUUGAACUUGAAAGAGAGCAUCAAAUUAUCCAACUUGAGAAUGAACAAAAAGCCCUGAUGAGUGGUCAAUCUAGUAACCCUUAUGGACAAUCUAGCAAUCCUUAUGGACAACUACCGGGCCAAAAUAAUAGAAGAAAUUCCAUUAAUUAUUUGAGGAUUUUAAUUGGUUCAGAGUUGCAUGUUCUUAAGAACAUUACUGGCCAUAAAUAA